UGGCUUCGUCGUUUUUCCUCCAAGGCUUAAAUUGAUUGCCAAUUUCUGCUAUUGUUUCAUCUUUUGUCAUCCAUACUGGUUCUACUUGUUUGGCUCGUCUUCCAAUAUGUUUUACUCUAGUCAUGCUCGAGGCCGUAUUGCCAUCGCUUAUCUGUUUCUUGCAGUUAUUUCUGCAGAAACUAGAUUUUGCUUCUGUUCUAAGGUUUAUGUAGUUUACAUGGGAAGCAAAACGGGCGAAGACCCUGAUGAUAUUCUGAAGCAACACCAUCAAAUGCUCACUUCUGUUCACAGAGGGAGUGUUGAGGAGGCUCAAGCUUCCCAUGUUUAUAGCUACAGACAUGGCUUCAGAGGCUUCGCAGCCAAGUUGACUGAUGAACAAGCUAACCAAAUUUCUGAUAUGCCCGGAGUAGUCUCUGUUUUCCCCAAUUCUAAGAGAAUUCUUCACACAACAUAUUCGUGGGAUUUUAUGGGACUUCCAGACGACGAAAACAUGAAGAUUUUUGGGCACUCCAACAGAAACCAAGCAAAUGUAAUAGUUGGCUUCAUUGAUACAGGAAUUUGGCCUGAAUCCCCUAGUUUUAAAGAUUCAGACAUGCCUCCAGUGCCAUCCGAAUGGAAGGGACAUUGUCAAACAGGAGAAGCUUUCAACGCUUCAUCUUGCAACAGGAAAGUGAUUGGAGCUAGAUACUAUGCAAGUGGAUUUGUAGCAGAGGAAGGCCUAGAGAACAAAUUUUCUUACAAAUCUCCCAGGGAUAGCUCUGGCCAUGGCAGCCACACCGCCUCAAUAGCUGCAGGGCGCCACAUGGAAAACAUGAACUACACGGGAUUGGGAGCUGGAAAAGCUAGGGGAGGAGCACCAAAGGCUAGGAUUGCUGUGUACAAAACUUGCUGGGACUCGGGUUGCUAUGACGCAGACUUACUAGCUGCCUUUGAUGAUGCCAUCCGAGAUGGGGUUCACAUUCUGUCUCUCUCUCUUGGUUCCGAAGCUCCUCAAGGAGACUAUUUCAGUGAUGCCAUAUCUGUCGGGUCAUUCCAUGCUGCUAGUCAUGGAGUGCUUGUGGUCGCUUCAGCUGGGAAUAAUGGAAAUCCUGGUUCUGCUGCAAACCUUGCACCAUGGAUGACCACUGUUGCUGCUGCCUCAACAGACAGGGAUUUCGUAUCUGAUAUUAGCUUAGGAAAUGGGGUUAACAUCAAGGGUGAGAGUCUGAGUCUCUUGGAAAUGAAAGCCAAGACAAGGAUACUUCCUGCAUCUGAAGCCUUCGCAGGAUAUUUCACCCCUUAUCAAUCCAGUUAUUGUGUAGACAGUUCCCUGAAUGCGUCCAAGGCAAAAGGGAAUGUUCUGGUGUGUCGACAUUCAGAGAGUUCAACAGAGUCAAAAUUAGAGAAGAGUAAGGUGGUGAAACAGGCUGGAGGAGUGGGGAUGAUACUUAUUGAUGAAUUAGAUCUAAAGGUUGCCGUCCCAUUUGUAAUUCCUUCAGCCAUCGUAAGAACGAAAACCGGAGAAAGGAUUCUGUCUUAUGUUAAUAGCACACGUAAGCCCAUGUCAAGGAUUUUUAGAGCAAAGACAGUGUUUGGAACUCAGCCUGCACCCCUUAUGGCAACAUUUUCUUCUAAAGGUCCCAACUCUUUGACUCCUGAAAUUUUGAAGCCUGAUGUCACAGCUCCGGGAUUGAACAUCCUUGCCGCAUGGUCACCAGCUAAAAGGAACAUAAUGUAUAACAUUCUCUCAGGAACCUCUAUGUCUUGUCCCCAUGUAACUGGAAUUGCAGCCUUAGUCAAAGCUGUUCAUCCUUUGUGGUCGCCAUCUGCUAUCAAAUCAGCCAUCAUGACAACUGCUACAACUGUGGACAAACAACAUAAACCCAUAAGAGCAGAUGGUGGACGAAGAAAAGCUAAUGCAUUUGAUUAUGGAUCAGGGUUUGUGAACCCUGCAAAUGUUCUUGAUCCUGGCCUCAUCUAUGAUAUAAAGCCAGAAGAUUACAUAGAGUUCCUCUGUUCACUAAAUUAUGAUGACAAGUCGCUUCGGCUUGUUACCAGAGACAACAGUACAUGCCAUGGCCAUAGAAAAUUCAAAACUGCCUCUGACCUCAACUAUCCAUCUAUUACAGUGCCCAAUCUCAAAGACAACAUUUCAGUAUCUCGAACUGUGACUAAUGUUGGAGAGGCAAGAAGUAUAUAUAAAGCUGAAGUGUCUCCUCCUGCUGGAGUUAAAGUCACUGUUGUGCCAAACCAACUAAACUUCACAAGAGUUGGGCAGAGCAUCAGGUUCACUGUGAAUUUUAAAGUGGUUUCUCCCUCAAAGGGCUAUUCAUUUGGUUUCUUGUCAUGGAAGAACAGAAGAUCACAGGUCACUAGUCCUCUAGUUGUCCGCGCUGCACCAGCGAACCUUGGGAUGGUCUGGUAACAAGUUAACAGUGCUUUUGCUUAUAAACAACAACAGUGAUUGUAAAUAUCCUGCAUUAGCUUAGAAUGUUUGUGAAUAACGACCCAUAUAGGCACUAAUACCAGAUACAUACUGAAUUUUCAAUGCAUACCACAGUUUUAUAAUUCGAACAGCAAACACUAGUGACAAAAUGUGAAUUUAAACAAUGAUACAUUG